UGCAAGCUCAAACAGGGGCGAAGCUCAGUCGAGUUCUAACACAAGCGCGAAAGAGCUCUGAAAUAACAUUAACACGAGAAGGAAACGAUCAGCCUACUCAUACCCAGCCCUCCGCUCACACUCAAAUUCUCCUACAACCGACUCGAUUAUCGAAAUCGGCUCACCGUCGAAGCAUCAUCAUCGAAAUUCCCGACGCCAUCGAACGCCCCGACAUCAUCGAACGUCGACAUGGAGAUCGCCGUGUGUUCCCGACCCGCUGCAGCCGCAAAGGCCGAUCGGAUCACACCGGGGCAUCUUCGACCGUUCGAGAGUUCCUCUGGCUCUUGCAUCUGGACACGUACGAACCCGACUAAGCGAUCGUUUAUAAGGCACUCUGCCGCGACUGGAUAUGCCACCAUCGCCAGCAGCCAUCGGUGCACUUCCAGCUCAACUCACAAUCGUACUCACACUGCAACCCACCCACAUACAUCUGCAAUGUCGUGCUCUUCUGUGAUGGCGUAUUACGGCUACUUCUCUCCUCAUCAGACUUCCCCACCUGCCCGUGACACAUAUCAACCCCCAGUCUCAACCCCAAGCAACGAGAUUCCGGCAGCAGAAAAAUCUCCCAAGAGAGACUCAACCUCAUUGCGUCGUGUUGUCCAAAAAAUACUUCAUCCGCGCCGAGGUAGCUCGAUUCGCUCCGAAUUAUCACGCAGCAGCUCGCAGUCGAGUGUCUCGGACGCGGAGGCAGAAACGGCCUAAACAUGAUGACGAUCUAUCUCCCGGCCUAGACUGUAUCCUUAUUCAGACUCAAUGUAUUUUUAUAUCGAAUCACUAUCAGCUCUUCGUUUUCA